UUUUGACCUAUUCCAUUUUCUUCUUUGUUGAGGGGCUGUUUUUCUUCAUAUCUAAGUUUUUACUUUACUUUUCCUGUUCUGGGAUCCUCUUUCUGUGAGUCUUUGCUGAAGUUAAACCAUUACCACUUUUCUGUAACUAUAGCCAUAGGCAAGUGAGUUCCAGAUUCAGACUGUGGUAUCUAGAACUAGCUGGAUAUUUAUUAAUGAAGCGUCUUCAAGGCACAGAAAAUAGUUACUCCUAUUCUUAGGGGACAGGAAGUGUUGGGGCAGUUAAGGGACAAGGCAGAAAUGGCCUCACCAGCCUGUAGGACCUAAAGAUGAAACCUAAGAAAAGAUUAGAAAAAGCUGGUUGAUGAUGUAUUAGCAAAUAGAAAGCAGACUUGGAGGUCUUUGCUUCUGUUAAGGGCUUUUUUGCAUUUAAAGUUGAAGAGUAAUAAAACAGCUAUGGCUAGUUCUUAAAUAAAAAUGUAUACACAAAGUGUAUGCAGAAAAUUAACUACUAAAAGAAUAAAGACCAGAAUGAUUUAUUUGAAACUGAUUUUGAUGUAGCCAUUUUUAGUGACUUAGAAAUCACCCAAGCUUUUUGUUAUUGCAAACUGACCUUGCCUCCAACUAUCAGGGUUGAAGGCAGCAAUGGAGAGUGAAGAAUGUCAGCAGUGAGGGCAUCAUGAGCAGAAGGGGGAGACAGCGGCCAGGAAUGGGCAGGAGGAAAAAGAUGGAGAAGGAAGGGAGUCAGAUCAAGAGAUGCGGAAACAGAGCCACAAAGAGAAUAAGUAAUUUGCCUAGGCUAGUCAGAUAACAGAGCCAGGAUUCCACUGAGGCAGUCUGACUACUGUGCUACAGCUGGCUUCAUCACCUCUACCUCCCCCUCUCCAUCAUUUGUAUGCCCUGAUGGAGUAAGAUGUUUGCAGGCAGUAGAGGAGGAAAUGUGAAUGGAGAUAAUAUCACCUACUGCAUUAUUUUUGGCUGCAAAAGUAGAAGAACAGGCUCGAAAACUUGAACAUGUUAUCAAAGUAGCACAUGCUUGUCUUCAUCCCCUAGAGCCACUGCUGGAUACUAAAUGUGAUGCUUACCUUCAGCAGACUCAAGAACUGGUUUUACUUGAAACCAUAAUGCUACAAACCCUAGGUUUUGAGAUCACCAUUGAACACCCACACACAGAUGUGGUGAAAUGUACCCAGUUAGUAAGAGCAAGCAAGGAUUUGGCACAGACAUCCUAUUUCAUGGCUACCAACAGUCUGCAUCUUACAACCUUCUGUCUUCAGUAUAAACCAACAGUGAUAGCAUGUGUAUGCAUUCAUUUGGCUUGCAAAUGGUCCAAUUGGGAGAUUCCCGUGUCAACUGAUGGAAAACAUUGGUGGGAAUAUGUGGAUCCUACAGUUACUCUGGAAUUACUAGAUGAGCUAACACAUGAGUUUCUACAAAUAUUGGAGAAAACGCCUAGUAGGUUGAAGAGGAUUCGAAACUGGAGGGCUAAUCAGGCGGCUAAGAAACCAAAAGUAGAUGGACAAGUAUCAGAAACACCACUUCUUGGUUCAUCUUUGGUCCAGAAUUCCAUUUUAGUAGAUAGUGUUACUGGUGUGCCUACCAACCCAAGUUUUCAGAAACCAUCUACAUCAACAUUCCCUGCACCAGUACCUCUAAAUUCAGGAAAUAUUUCUGUUCAAGACAGCCAUGCAUCUGAUAAUUUGUCAGUGCUAGCAACAGGAAUGCCAAGUACCUCAUAUGGUUUGUCAUCACACCAAGAAUGGCCUCAACAUCAAGAGUCGGCAAGGACAGAACAGAUAUAUUCACAGAAACAGGAGACAUCUUUGUCUGGUAGCCAGUACAGCAUCAACUUCCAGCAGGGACCUUCUGUAUCACUGCAUUCAGGACUACAUCACAGACCUGACAAAAUUUCUGACCAUUCUAAUAUUAAGCAAGAUUAUACUCAUAAAGCAGGAAGCAGUAAACACCAUGGGCCAAGUUCUGCUACUCCUGGAGUAAUUCCUCAGAAAAUGUCUUUAGAUAAAUACAGAGAAAAACGUAAGCUAGAAACCCUUGAUCUGGAUGCAAGGGAUCAUUAUAUAGCUGCCCAGGUAGAACAGCAACACAAACAUGUACAGUCCCAGGCAGCCAGCAGCAGUUCUGUAACCUCUCCCAUUAAAAUGAAAAUUCCCAUUACAAAUGCUGAAAAACCUGAAAAAUAUAUGGCAGAUAAGAAGGAAAAGAGUGGAUCACUGAAAUUACGGAUUCCAAUACCACCCACUGAUAAAAGUGUCAGUAAAGAAGAACUGAAAAUGAAGAUAAAAGUUUCUUCCUCAGAAAGACACAGCUCUUCUGAUGAAGGCAGUGGGAAGAGCAAGCAUUCCAGCCCGCAUGUUAGCAGGGACCAUAAGGAGAAGCACAAGGAGCAUCCUUCCAACCGCCACCACCCCAGCAGUCACAAGUAUUCCCACUCAUACAGUGGCAGCAGCAGUGGUGGCAGCAAGCACAGUGCUGAUGGGAUACCACCCGCUGUUCUGAGGAGUCCUGUUGGCCUGAGCACUGAUGGCAUUUCCUCUAGUUCCAGCUCUUCAAGGAAGAAGCUGCAUAUCAAUGAUGCAUCUCACAACCAUCACUCCAAAAUGAGCAAAAGUUCCAAAAGUUCAGGUAGUUCAUCUAGUUCUUCCUCCUCUGUUAAGCAGUAUGUAUCCUCUCACAACUCUGUUUUUAACCAUCCCUUACCCCCUCCUCCCCCUGUCACAUACCAGGUGGGCUACGGACAUCUCAGCACCCUCGUGAAACUGGACAAGAAGCCAGUGGAGACCCACGGUCCUGAUGUCAAUCACGAGUACAGUACAAACAGCCAGCAUAUGGACUACAAAGACACAUUCGACAUGCUGGACUCGCUGUUAAGUGCCCAAGGAAUGAACAUGUAAUCAUUUGUUUAGGUCAAUUUUUCCUUUACUUUUUUAAUUUAAAAAUUGUUAGAAUGGAAAACUUCCUCCUGAUCUAGCAGUGGUAACACCUGCUGUUACUGCCACUGCUUCAAUAUUUGUAAGUGCUGCUUUAUUCUUCAUUCUGAAAAGAAGAGAUUAUAGUAAACAAGUCUUUAUCUCCACAUAUGAUAGUGUUAUAAAUACUGUAAAAGCAUGGAAGGUGCAAAACUCAGUAUUUCUACAAUUGCAGCUAAGAACAUUAGGGUGAAUGGCUGGCUGCUUCUAGGAAUAUAAGAUGCCUCAAGCAUUCGUUUAUUUAUAAUUUGAAUACUGUAGCUAUUUUUUGUUGUUGCUUGGCUUUUGAAUGAGUGUAAAUUGUUUUCUUUUGUGUAUUUAUACUCGUAUGUAUGAUUUGCAUGUUUCAAUGAUAAAGGGAUAAAACAGUAUACUGACAACUGUUUACAAGAAAGUGGAGAAAAAUGUACAUACAUUUUUGUAUGUUUAGAUAUUACCAUAAAUACUCAGGAUUGGAGCUGCUUGUAAGUAUAACAAUAUACAGAAUAACUUUAUUUUAUCUUGUCAGAGUCCAUCACUAAUCUAAAACAAAGGUGGCACUUUUUCAUGUUAACCUUAAACUCUAGGCCUUACUGGAAGCCACUGAAGGGGGACACUUCACUACCAGAUGGGUAUGCAGUGCCACAGAUGGUCAUUUACACUGUGAGGCACUGAUUCUGCCUUCAGAGGUUCUGACCAGAUUGGCUGCUGAAAUAGCCCCUAAUUUUCUGAAGGCUUGAAGAGGAAAAAAUAAAGUUUACAUACUCUUGAUGUGAAGUGCAUUUAAGUGUUUGUUGGCUUGUUGCAGUACUAUAAACACAGAGCUGUUAAUAAUGGUUAUGUAGAUUACUGUGAUUUGAAAACUAAAUUCACAGAAACUUACAUUAGUGAAGAAUUAGUAAGUCUUUUUCUUAAAUAGAGAACUUUAACACUACGUAUUUUAACAGUAAACAGGAAUCGCUUUUCCUUUAGCGUUCAGAAGGACACCAUGUUCUUAAACAUACUCCUCCCCUGAAGCGUGUUUGUGUGUGAUGCCAUAUUUCUUUUUCAGGUAAAUGCAGUCUUCCUUAUAAAAAUGAAAUUAAACUUAUUGCUCUUUCAGUUCUUUUAUAUUCUAACAAUAAAUAAAACAAAAAGAUCACUGACUGUGCAUUGUACCUGUAUUUAUAGCUUAUGGUUGUUAACAGGAAGCUCACUGAGAAAAAAAAAAGGUAAGCCUCCAGGUAAACAGCUAGUGGAGGUUUUACAUUUGUUUGCACAUCUCAGUAUAUUCCUGUUGAAGUCAAGUUUGCACAGUCUUCUGACUUCGGAACAAACAAUAGACUUUAACUUGUUUAAAAUUUGUCUUAAAUGCCGGUAACAUGGCUCUGGUUUAUCAGCUAAUCUUCAAUUCUGUGGUAAAUCUUUGGGCUGUUGAGUAUCUUUGAGAUAGGUUGAAUUCAACUUCUGUUGAAUUGAAAACUGUCUUAAUUUUUCCUCUAUGUAUAUGAAUUAUUUUUGUUACAAAGCCACUGAUAUGUGCACAAUUGUAAUUUUACUCAAGUAUGUUGCAGUUGUAAAUAUUAGAGAGUUUAAUCUCGUGCUCUACUCUUAUUUAGCAAUUACCUGAUUUGCCAGUAGCUUUAUAAUUUUUUUUUUAAGAUAAUUGUUCAUUAUUUUGUCAAUGUUAUUUGAACUUAGGAUACUAGGAUCCUCUUUCUAGGGACUUUGCCUAGCUAGCAUGUCCUAACUUUGUUCUUGUCUGGCAUAACUUUAGUAAUCUUUGUCAUUACAUGUAACUUUGUUACUCUGUAUGACAUAUUAUUGUAUCCAUAAACAUGGUAAUUUUGAUACAGUUAUACUUUUACAGUGGUACAUAAUCCAAGGACUAGUAUAGAAUUAAGAUGAGUGCAAGAUGAGGGAGGGAAGGGUUUUGUUCUUGGUAAUUUAGAUGUGAAACCUCUAAGGAGCUAUCAUGUGAAACGACGUAGGGUGAUUGUGCUACUGUAUAAUUGGGGUGAUAAUACCAGGAAUUUUAAUAAGAUUUUGUAAAGAAUAUCCAGAAAAGUAGUGAACUUAUUUUCAGUAUGACAUAGAAAACAAUGUGAAUAUUUAAGGUCUGUGACUAUACUUCACUAAGAAUUUGCAGAAUUGUUUUGAGAUGUGAGAAUAAAGGUAAUUUUGUUGAAUCUUUAUUGGUGCUAAUGAUGGACAGUUAAAAAGGUAGCUAGUGUAUAUUGUUAUGGGUCAGUACUUAUUAGUACUUCCAAAAUCGAAUUUGAAAUGCUAUGUAUUCAUUUUUCACUCUGUAAAUGUAAUUCUUUACAAUGACUUUAUUUAUUAAAGGGCAGCCAGUUGUAAUUUUUACAGGAUUGUGUGAGCUAUUCAAACUCUUAAACCUCUGAACAGGAUAUUAGCUUCCGUAAACCACAAUGGGGAUAAAAUAUGGAAUUUCUUUUAAGUUUCGUUUCCAUUAAAUGAGAACCCUUAUAAUUCAUAUUGCCAUGAAUUUAACCAUCUCAUUUGCAUAAAGUAGUUCAUCAGCCUGGUCCCAAUAGGCUCAACCAAAGAAAAAGACUCCAAUGAAUGGACAUUAUUACUGAGUCUUCUUGUAAGUAGCCAUAAAUAAACCAAAAUAGUAUCAAAUUUAGGUAUGAAAUUCCACAUGUGCAAAGUACUGUUAAGGUGAUACAUUUUUGAUGAGAUUUUUAAAAAUAUUUGAACUAUUAAAAAGCAUUAUCUUUAAACAUCCUAUAAAAGAGUGAUUCAUUUUUUAGUUGUGUUUUCCCUAGAUCAAAGAUCAUAGAUUUGUUACCUUUACGCAGAAGCACAUUACAUAGAAAGGCUUUACUUCUACCUCUUUCAACUAAUUUUUCAAUAUUGAGCUGUGCCCCCUAAAUAUUUGCCUUAGCUAUUUUAAAAUACAAUAUUUUCAGAACCAAAGCAAAGGAGUGGUUUUUUUCACAGAAACAUUCUCAGAGGCUUACUUUACCAAAUAAACUGAUGGUAGUAUCCUUGAGUGGUGAGACCUUGCAUAAUUCCUAGUUCCUAUUUCUUGUUUAACCCUGAGGUUCAUUUCUUGUUGCAGGUAUUUAAAUACUGAAAAGUUGUGUAGUCACCCCAAGGUUUAUCUUUGAAAACAGUUACAAGUGCAUCUUGAUCUUCUCUGUGUAUGCAGAUUUGUUCUUGUUAGAGUUCUUAAGCGUCAAAAGAAAAUUUCUACCAUGAUACGUGGUUUCAUGCAGAAUGUCAUAAGGGGUGCAUACACUACUUUGUGCGAACAGAUUAUGAUUAUGUAGGAUACAUUACUUUUCUGGCCUAUCCUCUUUGAACUAAAGAAAUGACUAGUUUCAGAUAGUUGAAAGGAAAUGACUAUUUCAGAUAACCAAAUUUGAAAUAUGUUUGUUAGUUACCAAAUGUCUUGCCUUAAAACAUUUUAAGCACAUUUUCUGGUUGUAUUUGAGAAUUUAAGUUACUGAUUUUUAUUCCUUAACUAAUCUUAGAAAUAAACCACUGCUUGCAUAUGCAUGACUAUUAUGUACUCUCAAAGUACCCUUGGUUGAUUAGAUAUUUUAGGUUUUGCGUUUACUAUGGAAAUAAGGAUUUUUAAAAACAUGGUAAUAUCUCUAAAGGGAGACAGUUCUACUGUCAAGAUAUUUCACCGUUCCCGAAUUUUAUCUACACAGAAAAGCCAUUGUUUCUCACUUACUACUGUGCUUAAAUAGCUAGGUGAUUUUUAAGAUGUCUUUGCUAAGAAAAAUAAGAGCUUUGGUUAUGGAGAAUUCUUGAUUCAGCAGUCUGCUUUCUUGGGAUGCAGUAGGAUUCAUUAACCACAUUUACCCAGAUGAAGGAUUAAUAAACCCCAUACAUGAGGGAAGCUUGGUGACACAUGCUAAUCUCAUGUACCAGUUUGUUUAUGAUAGGCUGAUUUAGGGGUUUUUGCAUUGGAAAAGUAGCACAUUCUGUUCCUACCCUUCUAGGGUCCCAGGUUAUGGUACUAAUGUGUUAACUUGAGAAUUCACAGCUAUAUUAAUACCCGAAAUUUGAUUGCUGUAAGCGGACAGAUGUAAGCCAAAUAAUCAGAAGUUUGCUUGUUUUGUAAGAGAUGUUUGCCUCUGAAACAUCUGUCAUUACAGUAGAGAUGAUCUUGCCAGUGGAUCUGGAAUGCUCUGAGGGUUUUAGGUCUGAUACUAUGCAUCCAUUUUUUAUUCCACAAUGUUAAUUUGGGCACAGCCAGCUUUUGCUUCUAUGACUCCUGUUUCUGUUAACUUAUUAGUAUGUAUUCUGCCUGAAAUUUCUUAAGGUAGCUAGAUAAGCAAGAUACAUUGAAGGCUGUGUGGCUAGGAGUAAUUCUGGUGUCGUAAAAGUGACUUAACCUGUUUGCUGUGAUCCAUUAAUCUCAAAAGUAAAUUCUGAGGGCUAAUUUCCUUUAUCUCCAAGUUCUGGGAAGAAGCCUCACUUAAAACCUGUUUAGUGGUUGGUUUAACUUUAUUUGCCUAUUGUUAAGUAAUGAGUACAUUCUUUCUUUUUAAGUUGUGUUUUUCAAGCAGCUUCCUUACUUUGAAAAACUUCACACGUGCUCACUUGUUGUCAGCAAAUUGGGAUUUCAUUUUGUGAAUGUACUCAAAACCCCCAAGGACUAUUGAACAGGAUGUUUGCUGAUAGAAAAUCUAAAACAGGAGUUUGUGUAUAUGGUAUGAAUUCAAUCAGACAUUGAAUUUCAGCUCAGUAUCUAUUACAAGGAAUCAUUAAUAAAGUUUGUUUAUUGACUACAUAAA